AUGGCACGCUCCUUCCGCAAUUGUUUGAUGGCAAGAGUUACAGAAAAUGACUGUGUGUCAGAACUUUUCCCCAGUUGCGUGAAGCAAGAUGGACUCGUCUUAGAUCUCCGAAGACUAAAGGCAAAGAUCAAAAUACUGGAGGCUCUGCACCAGGACUUUCUGUUUGCAAAUGAUUGUGCCCUAGCAGCCACUUCCAAGGAGGACCUGCAAAAACUAACAGACAACACGUCGGAGGCUUGCGACGAUUUAUCUAAAGGCAAAAUUGCCAGUCAAUCAUCAACUUGGGAAUGUAACGUACAAACAUGUGCAAACUUGUACCUAGCAAGUAAUGCAGUUGAUGGAGACACCACAACAUGUUCUAGAAGCAAAUGGAUAGGCCCAAGUGCUCCUGAUAAGACAAUGUGGUGGAAAGUGGAUCUUGGUGCCAUUUAUAGCAUACAUAGUAUUGCUAUACUGUUCAAGGAUGAUGACAGUGAUGAGCAGAUACAAAGAGGGCGUUUUGCAGGAUUUUCUUUAUAUCUAUCUAACUCUGGUGUUCGGGACAGUGGCUCUCCCUGUUAUUUGGACGGACCUGAGUUACCUCCCUUGAAUUUUACAACAACCUGUGUGGGAUAUGGACGUUAUGUCACCUUUUCUAACGAACGACUAGAUCAAGUAAAAUAUCCUGCAGGAUACGAGAUUCUACGUGUGCUAAUUGAACUUUGUGAAGUCAUCGUUAAAGGCUGUCAGAACCUGGGUGUAUAUGGAAGCAGUUGUAAAAUUCCAUGUCCAAAAAACUGUCAGGAUAAGAUCUGUAACAUCGUCAAUGGAACUUGUUUUGGAUGUUUGCCUGGAUGGACGGGGGCUUUAUGUGAAAAUAAAUGUCGACACGGGUGGUACGGUCAGGAUUGUAAGAACCGGUGUGCAGGUCAAUGCAGGGGUAACACAACUUGUAAUCACGUGACCGGUGACUGUGAUAAUGGUUGUGCUGCCGGGUGGAUGAGCAGUAGAUGUAAUGAGCAAUGCAUUGCUGGAACGUAUGGCCCUGACUGCAUCUAUAAUUGUAGUGGUCACUGUCAGAAUGACGUCAUAUGUUACAUAGAAACUGGACAUUGUGAUACGGGUUGUAUACCAGGGUAUACAGGACAUUUUUGUUAUGAAUUGUGUUUACCUGGACGUUUCGGAGACCGAUGCGAAGAACGCUGUAGUGGACAUUGUUUAAACAAUAAAGUUUGUCACUACGUGGAUGGGAUUUGCACAGAUGGCUGUAACGAUGGAUAUAUUGGAAAACGCUGUAACGAAACAUGUGACCCUGGAUACUUUGGAACCAAUUGUUCUGAUGUCUGUUCUGAAAACUGCACUAAUGUUUGUCGAUACGAUGACGGGUUGUGUGACUGCUAUCCUGGGCAUAAGGGUCCUAAAUGCAACACAAUUUCAGGUCGGAAAUCAAACACAGAACCAGAAUACGAUAUUCCUGUUUCCUGGAUUGUAGGAUUUACAGUAUCUAUAACACUGAAUGUGUUUUUCAUCCUCAUUGGUUUCAUAAAUCUCAGAAAAAGAUUAAUACAGAAAGAAUCUAACGCUGGUCGAUCUGAUGCUACACACUACACAUCGACUGACUCUAUACAAAUUGAGAGUGGAGACACGUCAACUGACCACCCCAAAUAUCAGGAAUUAAAUUUGACCAGAGAUGAGAAUCUGUAUCAAGAAAUACAGUCCCAACGCGACAUAACAUAAGACAAAAAGGUGCAUUGUAUACGAAGAGUAAAACAAAACCAGACAUAACUAGCAGACUAAAAUUAUGAAAUCCUUAUUCAAUGCAGUUAAUAAGGAAGAAGUUCAUACUGUCGAUCCUAAAUACCAUUUUACAACACAAUAGCUGUCUAAAUGCUGUAAAACUAUUGAUGACAAAACAGUAGUUUAAUGAAACAUAAAAUGUAAAUUCUAUCUUUUCAUUUCAAUUCAUAAAAUAAUUCUAGUAUAAACUGUAAUGACCAAAUCAAUUGUAGUUCCGAAAAUGUCUCUAGAGUACAAGAUAAAGUUGUUUCACAAUGAGUUCUCUUAUUUUUGUUUUGAUUUCAUCUAUCUUUUUUCCAGGAAUUCUCACACAUAUGGACAUGAUAUAAUUAUACAAAUGUGUACAUUUCGCGUCAUAUUUUCAAUAUUUAAGGAAGUAAGCUAAGUUUGACCUAGGCUACACGAUAUAAUGUAACUUGGUGCGGUUUAUGCUUUUAAUCACCUUCUCGUAAACUGUAAUUUGUUGUCAGGAAAUAUAACAGAUAAUGGUACACUUUACAUGUUUAUUAUUUUUACAUCAAUUUUGUUUCUAAUUAUUACAAAAAUAAAUGAAAUAUA